GGCAGGUACUCGCUGGCUCUGUCAGAAAUGUUUGUCUGUACCUGGCUCGCCUGGGUCUUAUAACCGCUGAAGAACCCCGCUCUGGAGAAUAUAAGAAGGAACGUAUCGACGUAAGAAACAUUUUGGGUCAUUCCUGUUACAUUUCGGCUUUUCUGGUUGUCAUCAUGGUUUCCUUCAAGAGUGUCUUCGUUGUUCUCGCUAUUUCGACUUCGACUUUUGCUUCACCAGCUACUCAAAAAUGUAGUGUGGCAGAGAAACUCUCCGGGCCCCCUUCUGGGUGGGAGAUUGAUUCCGGCAGCAGAAUUGAUAAAGAGAAAGGAACGAUCAAGUUGAGAAUUGGUUUGGUUCAAGAGAACAUGAGCAAGUUUCAUGAAAUGGCCAUGAGAGUAUGUUGCUCUUUUUCUCAAAUAUACUCGAGUCACUGGCUCCGAUUUUCUCUCUGCUGUCCCGCACAUGUCGCAGAAACUUGGCAGGAAGGCGUUUGAGAACUCCACUCCAGAGCUAAUACCGGUUCAGAUUGCAACUCCAGGAGAUGAAAUGUACGGAGCACAUAUGGCUCAGCAUGUCAUUGAUAAAAUCAUUGCGCCCAAAUCAGAGUCUAAAGACCUGGUUAUGCAAUGGUUGGAAGGCGAGGGAUUGAGAGAUGUUGCUACACUCUCCCCUCGAUUGGACUCGGUUGUCGUUGAAGGCAGUAUCAAACAAGUUGAAAAACUCUUGAAGGCAGAAUACAGCGCUUUCGGUAAGUUAUGUUUUCAACUUCACGUCUCUAUGUCUCAAUUGCGACUUUCUUGAGUUGAAACUUGUACAUGAACUGGAUCUUUGCUUACAAUAAAUAGUUCACAGCGAGAGCCAUGAUAGCGUCAUCAGAACUCUCGAAUACAGCCUCCCAGAUAUCCUCAAAGGCCAUGUCGACGUAGUUCAACCAACCACUGUCUUCGGGUUAAAGUCUAUGAGAUCGAUGAUCAAGGAUGUCAAACCUUAUACCGAAGAGGAGGUAGAUAACAUUAUGGCUGACGUUGAUGCGCAAGCCGUUGCAGGUUGCACUGGCAGCAGUAUCACACCAGCUUGUCUAGCAAACCUGUACAGCUUUUCAAAUGCCGCCAACGAGAGCGUAGGAUUGAUGGGAAUUGCCGGUUUCCUCCGACAACACCCUAUCCAAAGUGAUCUCACAACCUUCAUGAACCGAUACGCGUAUUUUGCCAACAAAGCUCAGAAGUUCACAUGCGCGUUGCUCAAUGGAGGAACUUGCCCCACAUCCGACAGUACAAACAACAUUGUCGAGGCCAAUCUCGAUGCCCAGUACGCUCGCGCUAUCACUUCUAACAUCCCCAACAUCUACUACAGUGCUGGUGGAAAUGGACCUUUUGUGGGAGGCGGUGAGAACACCAACGAGCCAUGGCUUGAGUGGCUGAACUACAUGCUUGCUCUCCCCGACUCCUCCCUCCCAAACACAAUCUCCAUUUCUUACGGAGACGACACCUUGAGUCUCCCCAACAACUACAUGGUCGCCCAAUGCAACCUCUUUUCCCAACUUGGUGCUCGUGGAGUUUCAGUUCUCGUUGCGUCUGGCGAUAGUGGAAUCGGUUCAACUUGCUCCCACUCAGGUCAAAGACAAUUCGAUACCAGUUUCCCAGCUGGCUGUCCAUGGGUUACCACAGUGGGUGGAACAACCGGAACCACAACUGAAGGAGCCUGGUCCUCUGGUGGUGGCGGCUUCUCGGAAGUCUUCGCCCGUCCUUCUUACCAAGAUUCAACUGUCACCUCCUGGCUCUCGAGAGAUACCGCACACACCGCCUACUCGACUUAUUUCAACUCUUCCGGUCGUGCGUACCCAGAUGUUUCCGCUCAAGCAGUGAACUUCCUCGUUGUCUUGGGUGGAUCAGCUUCUGGUGUUAGUGGGACAAGUGCUUCAUGCCCAACAUUUGCCAGUGUCAUCCAAUUGAUCAAUAGUCAAAGAGUGGCAUCUGGAAAGAAGGGAUUGGGAUUCUUGAACCCAUGGCUGUAUAGUUCUGCUGCAUCGGCCAUGAACGAUAUCACUACUGGUAGUAUCAGGGGGUGUUCGAACAUUGGUUCCGGGGCUGGUUUUGUAGCUAGAGCUGUAAGUCUUCCUCCUUGGUUGGUAGCUUAUUCAUGAAUAUCACUAACUUUCAAUAGGGAUGGGAUCCCGCUACUGGACUUGGUUCGCCAAAUUACACCAAGUUGUUGGCUGUCUCGCAGUCUACAGCAUGAAAGAACGAUUAAUGAAUAAAUCAUGUUUCCCAGAUACACCUUACGGGGAACUGUAUAUAAAUAUUCUUGUCUGAUAAUGAUUUAACAUAUACAUAUUUGACUGUGUUCCUGUGUUGCAUGC